AUGCACCCAAAGUACAAGCUCAAGGAAGCAGUUGAUUCUCUUUACAGAUACAAUUAUGUCAACCCUGAAGCAUACACUCGCCUUGUCCUUGAUUGUGUUCGAUUCAGUGAUGGCCAUCAAGCCAAGCGCUUGCAAUCUCACAUGGACGAAAAUCUCUACGAACCCAACACCACUUUUAUCCACAAUCGUCUUCUUGACGUGUACGCUAAAUCUGGCAAACUUUUGGAUGCACAGAACCUGUUCGAUAAAUUGCCCCAACGAGAUAUCUUCACUUACAACGCUAUGUUAAAAGCUUACUCUAAAACAGGGUCUGUCGAUGAGUUACAGCGACUAUUCAUUGACAUGCCAAGUCGGGAUUUUGUUUCAUACAACACCGUGAUUGCGGGCUUGGCUUCAAGAGGUCUUGCAAGAGACGCCUUGAAGGUGUUUGUUAAAAUGCAAAAAGAAGGAUUUCAGGCAACUGGGCAUACUUAUGUGAGCGUGUUAAAUGCAUGUUCACGGGUCUUGGAUUUAAGGCAUGGGAAGCAAGUUCAUGGAAAGAUCAUAGCUUGUGGCUUACUCUCCAAUGGUUUCAUCUGCAAUUCUUUGACUGAUUUCUAUGCUAAAUGUGGUGAGAUUAAUGCUGCUCGUUGUUUGUUUAACCUUAUGUCUAACAAGAAUGUUGUUUCAUGGAAUUCAAUGAUUUCUGGAUGCAUGAAAAACGGGUUACCAGAAGAAUGCCUAGAACUGUUUCAUGAAAUGAAGUUGUCUAGUAUAAAACCAGACAUGGUUACAGUUUCAAAUGUUCUUGGUGCUUUCUUUCAAACCGGGAAAAUAGAUGAAGCACAUAAACUUUUUACAGAGGUUGAGGACAAAGAUGUCAUUUCUUGGACAACAAUGAUCUCAGGUUAUGUCCAAAAUGGGAAAGAAGAAGAUGCCUUGAUGUUAUUUAGCAAGAUGUUAAUCAAUAACAUCAAACCAGACAAGUUUACAAUUUCAAGUGUAGUGAGUUCAUGUGCUAAAUUAGCUUCUUUAUUUUAUGGUCAAACAAUUCACACAAAAGCAAUACACAUGGGAGUUGAAAAGGACACACUUGUGUCAAGUGCCCUUGUUGAUAUGUAUUCAAAAUGUGGUCAACCAAGUCAAGCUCGGGAGAUUUUCAAUACUAUAAAUACCAAAACAAUCGUUUCUUGGAAUUCAAUGAUUUUAGGGUAUGCACAAAAUGGUAAAGAUCUUGAUUCACUAAUACUUUAUGAAGAAAUGUUGAAAGAUAACAUAAAGCCAGAUGGAAUUACUUUUAUUGGUGUUCUUUCUGCUUGUAUCCAUGAAGGUCUUACUGAGAAGGGAGAAAAAUAUUUUCUUUUAAUGAAAGAAAAAUACGGGAUUUUACCAAAUUUGGAUCAUUACGCGUGUAUGAUCAAUCUUUAUGGUCGAUCAAAUCGUAUAGAAAAAGCUAUUGAAAUGAUAAAGUGUAUGCCUUUAAAACCGAAUAGUCUUAUUUGGUCAACUCUUUUGUCUGUUUGUAAACUCAAAGGUGACAUAGAACAUGCUGAGCUGGCAGCAAGACACUUAUCUGAGGUGGACCCGUUCAAUGCUGAACCUUAUAUAACUCUUUCGAAUCUAUACGCUGUUAAUGGUAGAUGGAAUGAUGUGGCAUCCAUGAGAAAACUUAUGAAUAACAAGAAUGUUAAAAAGUUUGCUGCUUUUAGUUGGGUUGAAAUUGAUGGAAACGUUUAUAAAUUUGUGUCAGAAGAUCGAACACAUCCUGAAUCAAAACUUAUUUAUCGGAGAUUAAAUGAGAUGAUAAGAAGAUUAGUGGAAUCUGGAUUUAGUCCAAAUAAAGAUUUGGUGUUGCAUGAUGUGGGGGAUAAUGAAAAGUUUGAAUCUAUAUGUUACCAUAGUGAAAAAUUGGCUCUUGUUUAUGGGUUGAUGAGGAAAGGUGAAGGAAAGCAACCAAUUAGGAUUUUGAAGAAUAUUAGGGUUUGUGGUGAUUGUCAUGUUUUUAUGAAGUUUGUUUCAAGAAUUAUUGGUAGGAAAAUUGUAUUGAGAGAUUCAAAUAGAUUUCAUCACUUUGUGGAUGGAUCUUGCUCAUGCAAGGACCUUUGGUGA